AUGCGGCCUGCACACCCAAAAGAGGCGGCUCAAAAGCCAACCAACUUUAUCGAACCCGCCAGACCACAGCCAAGUAUGUCGUCGAGGGAAGAGCCGCUCUCCAUUCCGGAGCGCGACUUCAUUCUUGAGGCGCUGGGUCAGAACCUACGUCUUGAUGGCCGCCAAUUCGAUGAGUAUCGUCCUCUGAACAUUUCCUUUGGUGAAGAAUACGGACAUGUGAAGUUGCAGCUUGGGAAGACGAGCAUCAUUGUUCGGAUUUCCGCCGAAAUUACCAAGCCAUUUGAAGACAGGCCUUUCGAUGGUUCCUUCAACAUCAACAUGGAGCUAAGUAAUAUGGGCUCCCCCGCCUGGGAAAAUGGACGAUCUAACGAUCUCGAGCCUUACGUCCUCGAGGCGCUUGAUCGCAUCAUUCGCCAUUCGAACGCUCUUGACACUGAAUCCCUUUGCAUAUUGAAGGGUGUGAGCUGCUGGGCUAUUCGGGCUGACAUUCACGUUAUCGAUUUUGAUGGAAACAUCACCGAUGCAGCCUGUAUCGGAGUCAUGGCCGGACUGCAACACUUCCGCCGGCCGGACUCUGUUGUCAAAGAUGGUCGUGUCAUAGUCUACGGCUUGGAGCAGCGUGUCCCCUGUUUCAAUGACAGCAAGCAGGUCAUUGUCGAUGCUACUAGGAAGGAGGAACAGGCAGCGGAGGGAGACCUUGUCAUUGGCAUCAAUAGUGCAGGUGAUGUCUGCUACAUCUCGAAGCACGCCGGUGCUCCGAUUGAUGCUAUGCUCAUUGUUACCAAGACAAAUCUUGCGUGGGAAAAGGUCAAGGUGCUCAAUGCUAUCGUUGACAAGGCUCUUCAGGCCGACCUGUCUAAGCGGGCGGACUUUGGCAUGGCUGAUGAGUCCCGGGCAGCGAAUGACCGCUUGAUUCAACCCGAGUGA